AUGCCCGCGCGGGCAGCUGCUCGAGGAGAAUCCGCUGCGAAGAAGCGUAAUGUUACACCUCGAGAGCGUUCUGCGACACCAGCUGCUCCCCCGCCAGCAGCAGUCCCAGUCCCAGAUCCGGAGCCAGAAGAGCCUCCGCCGCCGCCGUUGCCCAAGUCGGUCCAAGCUGGUAAACCGCUACCCACUGUUGAAGUUGCCCAGCCUGAGGAUCUCUCAUCAAAGGAAUACCAGUCCGUUGGCGAAAGCGGCGUACUUGCAGAGUCGCUCUCACGAUCUCGCCACAAAUGGAUUAGCGAAGGUCUGUUUGCUAAAUAUUGGACGAAACCGCAUAAGCGCAAGGGCGUCCUCAUCGAAGACCCCAAAAAUCCGCCCAAAGAGACCAUGUCAAAGGUCGGCAACGUGACAAUCACCGUUGAGCCUCACAUAAUCGAAGCUACGAUCCAGAACAAGACCGCGACACCAAAACCCAUACCACCCAGCCCAUCCCAGGCUUCAGCUCGAAGUCCGGCGCAACCACCUCAACCUCUUCCUCGAGCGCCGCAAGAUAAGACAGGCGUCCCGGCGCCAGCCCAGAAGCCUGGGAAUGCUCCUCUACCCAAUAUAACACCAUCUCCAAACCCAACUUUUCAGCCAAGGCCACAAGCCGUAGGAGGACCUGUAGCACCAUCUCCAGCGGCUCUACCGGUCGCGCAUACGCCUCCCAGUGUUUCUGGGCCAGCUGUACCGGCCUCAGCACCAGCGCCAGCUGGGCCGAUGGUGGCUCCUGCAAUGUCGACAGCACCCAGACCACCAAACGCUCAAGCACCCGCAAGUGGUCUUGCGAAGCCUGCCCCAGCACCAGUGCCUCCAGCUCCAGGACCUGCAGCUUCGGGGCCUGCUCCUGCAGCAAAGCCAUCAGCCAAUGACCCUGUUAUUACUUUGCUCGCACAAAGAGCUUCAGGAGAUGCGGAACUUCGUGAUCUCAUGAAGCGGGUGGCUGUAGGACAAGCGAAAGACGGCGAGCUAGCCCAUUUCCAGAAAAUAAUCGAUCAAUUAAGUGCAGAGUAUCGGAGAACAGGAGGACAGCAAGGACCAUCAGCAGACCGACUUCUAGUAGACGGCCGAACGGUCCAAUAUUUCGCUACCGAAGUCCGGACCAUUCUUGACAUUGUUUUGGCUUCAAAUCCCAAUCAAAAAUCGUCUGACUUGCGGCCACCUCAUGGAAGCGAUCCGCUCGUCGUGCAACUUGUCAAAACUGCCUUGGACGAUCAAAAGGCUCGAGACAUGAUCCGCAGAAUUGCAGAAAGCCGACCAGGUUUCACCGACUCUAUAGAUCUGAAGGAAAUUCUGGAUAGACUGCACCGCGAUAUGAAGAGCGCACCGCAAUCUUCUCCUGCUCCGGUACAAAUUCGACAGCAGGUUCCGAAUGGUAUGCCUAACGGCCAUGCUAGAACAAAUUCGACUGCUUCCUCGCCCAACCCCCAGGCUUUACGAUCCAAGGGCCCUCCGCCUACCCCCAAGCAAGAUAUUACGGCAGUUGUGUUUGAUUUUGGAAGUGGGGACCGAUAUCUGUUCCCCAAAUUUAGCAUAUUAGAGUAUUUACCCACGGCAUCUGGUCAACAAGUCGUGGCUUCAUUUUUGAUUGUUCGCAAGGGAAGUACUUCAGAGUAUGGCGGAGAUCCGAAGCUUGAUUAUUACCAACCUGUCACGAUACGUCUCUUCACGCAGACUGGUCGCCAACUGGAGAAUUUGGCACGAGUUGUUGCCCCUCAAGAUGAGGUCCGGCGUUACAUGGAUGAUGUAAUGGACAAUAUGACAAGGGCCGAGUAUGUGCUUUUGGCCAUGAGGCUUCCUAAAGCCUCUUUAGACGGCGAGAAGGACGGCACAGCCUCGGAGGAGCCAAGAACCAAUGCCUCUACACCUAAACCUGACGUGGCACUUGAAUCAAAGUCCGCGCCAAAACCCGGUGUUCUCUGGACAUCUAAGGGGAACUCAGAGACGCCACCGGUAGAAGGGCGGUUAUCGAAGCAAGCUCGAGAUGCCGAGCAGGAGGCAGAGGCUAAAUACCAACGCUUGAUCAAUCAAGUAUCCGCCAAAGAUACUGGAGUUUAA